UAGUCAUUGCUGUCAAUGUAUUCUCAGAAGCCAUGGGUAGUUAUUUAUGAUUCUAGUUACGUCUGUGAAAUAGGUGCCAAGGUUAAAAUCGAAUGCAAAGACAGGGACACACACAAACUCUUAUACAGCAUUGAUGGAACAACAGACUCAACAGGAAAGUACAAGAUCAUGAUCAAAGAGGACCAUGGCAACCAGCUCUGUGAUGCCAUGCUAGUUAGCAGCCCACAGAGAGACUGUGCAACGGCAGAUCCAGGGCGUGACCGUGCUCGUGUGAUACUUACCCGAAACAAUGGGAUUGCUUCAAACAACCGUUUCGCCAAUGCAAUGGGCUUUAUGAGGGAUCAGCGCAUGUCCGGGUGCAAGCAACUGCUCCAGCAAUACGAGCAGGAGUCUGAAGAGUAAAUGCUGUUCACGGUUCUGAACAUUGAUCUUUGCUAUGCGUCGUCUAUGAUAUUGUUAUAUUUAUUUUGAUGGGAUUUUUAUUUUAUUUUAUUUAUAUGAAGUAACUGGAGUGAAUUGAUUAUAAAGUAACUGGAGUGAAUUGAUUAAA